AUGCGAACUAGAGGAUCCAAACGUAAACACAUCGAGAUAGAGAUCGAAGAUGGAGAAAAAUCCAAAUACUUUAAGAAAGAAGAAGAGAUCAAGCUGGAAGCUUUGGAAUCGGUUCGAGGUCCUCCCGAGAGAGAAAGCAUAGACGUAGAAAUGGUGAAAAAAAUGGGCCCUGACACUUACUAUGACUGGGUCGAUGCGAGGACGAAAGACGAAAUCACAUAUAAACCUCUGGAAGACAAACCGCAUUAUCCUCGUAAUUUUUUGUCCAUAUACCAAAAAGUGAGAAUAAUGAGAUCCAAGAUCGCUACUCCGGUCGACUCUGUGGGGUGUGCCAUGAUUCCUCUGACUGUGGGAAAGGAAUUUGGGGAAUCAAAGGAAACGAUGCUACCACGAACUUACCGCUUUCAACUUCUUAUCGCACUUAUGCUUUCUUCACAGACUAAGGACGAGGUUAACGCUAAGGCCAUGUUCAAUCUCAAAGAAUACUGCAAGGAAGAUCUGAAAAACCCUGAGGGAGUUACUCUGGAAUCCAUGUCCUGCAUCGAUCAGGACACGCUCGCACAGCUCAUAUAUCCCGUAAGUUUCUACACAAGAAAGGCACUUUACAUCAAAAAGACUGUCAAGCUACUCAAUGAGAAUUUUGACGGUGACAUGCCGCCUGAUAUUGUGGGGCUGUGUUCUUUACCAGGUGUGGGCCCUAAAAUGGGCUACUUAGCCCUUCAGAAAGCAUGGGGCAAGGUAGACGGCAUUGGUGUCGACGUUCACGUCGAUAGACUUUGUAAGAUGUGGCAGUGGGUGGACCCGCAUAAGGCAAAAACUCCGGACCAUACACGCAAACUUCUGGAGGAGUGGCUCCCGUAUAAUCUCUGGUACGAGAUCAAUCCUGUCCUCGUUGGAUUUGGCCAAGUAAUAUGUUUGCCAAGGGGAAAAAGAUGUGAUUUAUGCAUGGCCAACGACGUCUGCAACGCUGUAGAUCGCAAGCUUGUCAAAUCAGCAAAAAAUCGAAACGAACUGCGCAAGAGUCGUGGAAAUGUUGCAGAAUGGAUCCAAUACCUUGAGGAAACCACUAAAGCUCGAGAAACAAUCAAGCCCGAUGGCGACGUAAAACUUGUCAUGGAGGCAAAGGAAGAAAAUGCACCAUAA